AUGCCUACCAACGGCUGGACUCGCCCUAAGCGCGGCAGCAAGGCCGCUAAAAACCACAGCUUCGUCGACACCUAUUUCCCCAAAAAGGGCUCCAGCAGCUCAAGUGGUGGUACUAAAUGCCGCUGCAAAGACAAGUGUGUUUGCAAGAGCAAGAGCAAGAGCACGAGCACGAGCACGAGCAAGAGCGACAGCAGCAGUGAAAAGGGGUCAAGCUCCUCAUCCAGCAACAGUGGGAAGUCGAGUUAG